CGACAAUGUUAAUUUAACAGAUAAACGAAGAAGAAGAAGCGAAUUUUUUUGUCAGUCGAAAUUAAUUUUUUGCGUUUGCAAAUAGAAAAAACGUAAAAGAUUAAAAAAUAGUUGAGCAUUAAAAACGAUAAACUAAUAUCAAAUGGCUUCAACUUCAAGACUCGAAAACAAUAAGGUGUGCUGCUAUGCACACCCCGAGUCUCCAUUAAUUGAGGAUUAUCGAGCUGGUGACAUGAUAUGCUCAGAGUGUGGCUUGGUUGUUGGAGAUCGCGUUAUUGAUGUGGGCUCCGAGUGGCGUACAUUCAGCAACGAGAAAAGUGGUGUAGAUCCCAGUCGUGUUGGCGGUCCAGAGAAUCCCCUACUUAGUGGUGGUGAUUUAUCCACAAUUAUUGGUCCUGGCACAGGCUCGGCUUCAUUCGAUGCUUUCGGGGCACCCAAAUACCAAAACAGACGCACUAUGAGCAGUUCAGAUCGUUCGCUAAUCUCCGCAUUCAAAGAAAUUUCAUCAAUGGCUGAUCGCAUCAAUUUACCCAAAACCAUUGUCGACCGCGCAAAUAACUUAUUCAAGCAGGUACAUGAUGGUAAAAAUCUAAAAGGACGCUCAAAUGAUGCCAAGGCAUCCGCUUGCUUGUAUAUAGCCUGCCGCCAAGAAGGUGUUCCACGCACAUUCAAGGAAAUCUGUGCAGUUAGUAAGAUUAGCAAGAAAGAAAUUGGUAGAUGCUUUAAGCUCACAUUAAAAGCACUUGAGACAAGUGUGGAUUUAAUUACCACUGCCGACUUUAUGUGCCGUUUUUGUGCAAACUUGGAUUUGCCGAAUAUGGUGCAGCGAGCUGCUACACACAUUGCAAAAAAAGCUGUGGAAAUGGACAUUGUACCUGGUCGAUCGCCAAUCUCUGUGGCAGCCGCCGCAAUUUAUAUGGCAUCGCAAGCAUCUGAGCAUAAGCGCAGCCAAAAGGAAAUUGGUGAUAUUGCUGGAGUAGCUGAUGUGACCAUAAGACAAUCAUAUAAGCUAAUGUACCCGCAUGCGGCAAAACUAUUUCCAGAGGAUUUCAAGUUUACAACACCAAUUGAUCAGCUACCGCAAAUGUAAAAUAUCCUGCAGCAUAGAAUAUCGAUGCUCAAUCAUCAUUUAUACCUUCAGAAACUAAGUUUGCAAAAUUAGCAACAUGGAUAUACAUAAAUAUGUGUGUAGGGCAUGCCUAGUUUUAAGGCAGAAUUGACCAUACUUUAAUCACAAGAAAAAUACGAUUUUAUUCAUAUUAAAAUGCCUUAUAUUGCAAA